UGAGGCAGUUAUCAGUGAAAAGAAGCACAGGCAGACAAAUUCCUCUGCAGUUUACAUCUGAAGCAGCACUGAGGAGGAUGGAUUGUUCAGAGGAACUCCAGUCUGUGUCUGAGGAGCCCUGCGCUCAGAUGGAGCUAAAGAAGGGAAUGUCAAUUUUCAUUGAUAUUUUGCGAAGGGCCGAUAAAAACGAUGAUGGAAAGCUGUCUUUUGAUGAAUUCAAAUCCUACUUUUCUGAUGGAGUCCUGACUGCCGAGGAACUGAAAGAGCUCUUCCACACAAUUGAUACUCAUAACACAGACAAUGUGGACACGGAUGAACUUUGUGAGUACUUCUCGCAGCACCUUGGCGAAUAUGAGAAUGUUCUUGCAGCUUUGGAGGAGCUUAAUAUGUCCAUACUGAAAGCAAUGGACAAAACAAAGAAGGACUAUCAGGAGUCCACCCACCUGGAGCAGUUUGUGACCCGCUUCUUGCUGAAAGAGACAACCAAUCAGCUUCAUUCACUUCAAAGCUCGCUUGAGUGCGCCAUGGAAACCACAGCUGAGCAAACUCGCCAGGAGAAACAGGGCCCAGUAAAGCCAGAGGGUCUCUCCAUCCAGCUCUCUGGUCGUCGGUCCAAUCGAAGGCUUCAGAGAAACAACAGCCUCUCUCCCAGCAACCCUCUCCUCAGUCUGGUUAACUCAGGUGUUUAUGAUGAAGAUUGUCAGUGGACGGUUCAGGUCAACAGGCUGCAGAAGCUUAUCGACCGCCUAGAGCAGAAGGAGAUCCGUAUGGAGCCCGUCGAAGAGGAGGUUCUGGAGAGCAAAUCGCCCAUCCUAAUAGUCCAAAGGCAGCUGUCGGUGCUGGAGGAGGAGCUGGAGGAGUUUCGACUGGCCCUUAGGCAGUACAUUGAUUGUGCCUCCGUCCAGACAGGAUGCUUACACAUCGCAGUUCAGCGGCUGGCAAAUGAAUCACGCUUCAUUCUCUAUGAAUUCUGGGAGCACAACAACGUGUGGAAGAACCACCUACAGACUAACUACAGUAAAACCUUUCAGAGGGCAAACGUAGACUUCCUGGAAACUCCCGAGUCCACCACCACCAUGCUUGUUCCUGCUUCUUGGUGGGUCCUCAACAAUAACUGAAAGCUUCACAGCACCAAGCAACAUCAUCACUGAUGGGUGUGAGGCACAAACAGACACCUGUCAUCACAUCGCCAUCCCACAGAAACACCUCACGCUCCUUAAAGCAGCAGUACUUGUGACCCAUGGUGAUUUCUAUAUAUGACUUUCCAUGUUCCUACAGAGUUCAGUGGUAGCUCCAGUAGCUCACGUUUGUGUGUAUAAAAAGUUCCUUAACCCCAAAAGCUAUGAGCCCAUCAGUAACCGAUCUGGGGUCUGAAUUGUCACCUGGAUCGUAUUGUGUUUGUUUCUUAGAUGUCUUUUUGAGGACAUUGGACCAGUUAUUUCUAGUUGUAGGAUUAUAUUUUAUAAUUAGGUUUAGCUUGAAUAAGACUUUGAGUUGUUCUGAUUAACAUUGUUGUUUUCAUUAUAUGAGUGCCCUGAUUAAAAUCAAACCUUGAAUGAAUGUGAAAGAGAAAUUACAUGAAGCACUUAGAAAUACAUUGUCAAUUGUAGCAGCUCCAGGAAGCUCAUUAAACCAUAUUUCUGUAGUUUCUAUCUUUAGUGUGUUGAACUGAGACAAGGACUAAAAUAAAGAUGAUAUUGUUGUGUA